AUGUCUUGGUUUCUCUGGCUCCUCACUCGGUGGCCCUCCUCAGCCCUGUCACUGCUGCUUCUCAGUACAGUGGGCACACAGACGGGCCCGGAGGUGGUUCAGGCACUUGUGUGCUCCCAGUGGGGUGCACCGAGCAGCAAGAACCUCUCCCAGGAUGGAGAUGUGAUCAUCGGUGGAGUUUUUAAUCUGCAUUAUAUACCAUCAGCUGUAGAGCAGGACUUUAUUAAGCUCCCACACUAUGAACGUUGCACUGGGUUAGAUGUGGAGCCAUUGAAAUAUAUGUACGCUAUGGUAUUUGCUGUGGAGGAAAUCAAUCGUAACAGUACCUUGCUGCCAGGAGUGAAGCUGGGCUACCGUAUACUUGAUAGCUGUGGCCGAUACCCCUGGGCUCUGCAAGUUGCACUGUCGCUGGUUGGAGGAGACGCACGCAGCUGCAGCUUCGCAGCCUCUACACUUCAUUCUGCAUUUUGCGAACAACCUGGAGAGACAAGUGGGCAGCCUGUUCCUUUGCUCAUUGGUCCUUCCUCGUCUACAACAGGUAUAAUACUGUCCAGGACCCUGGGGCCUCUCUCUAUCAGCUACCUGGCUAGCUGCCCCUGUCUUAGUGACAGGCUCAAGUUUCCUAACUUCUUCAGAACAAUCCCCAGUGAUAUUUACCAAGCCCGGGCCCUUGCACGACUGGCCAUACGCUUCCACUGGACUUGGAUUGGAGCUGUGCACGUAAACAGUGACUAUGGUCAUUUGGCGAUCCAGGAAUUUAAGGAAGAGAUUCAGGGGAAAGGGGUGUGUUUGGAAUUCAUAGAAACUGUCCACAGAGAAACUAUUGUGAGCGAUGCUAGACGUGCAGCACUCACAAUUCAAGCUUCCACUGCAAGGGUGAUUCUGAUCUUUUGCUGGUAUACCGAUGCAAAGAGACUGUUUCUGGAACUGGCCAAAAGAAAUGUGACUGAUAGACAGUUUCUGGCCAGUGAGGCCUGGAGUACCAGUGAUGAUAUUCUCCAAGAUCUUGCCAUCUCAAAGGUGGCCAGUGGUGUCCUUGGUGUGGCCAUUCGAAGUUCAACAAUACCUGAAUUUGAAAAUUAUCUCAGAAAUUUGCACCCUGUUCGUCGCCCCGAUGAUGAAUUCUUAAGGGAAUUCUGGGAAAGAGAAUUUGGAUGUAGUCCAGGGGACACACCUUCUUUUUCAUAUCCCUCUUCAACACUCAAAUCACUUCAGAAAGCUUCUCUACCCCCCUGCAGUGGCUCAGAGUCCCUGGAGGGAGUGCAGCAUCCCUUUACUGACACCUCCCAGCUAAGGGUGGCAUAUAAUGUCUACCUUGCUGUUUAUGCUGCAGCCCACACCCUUCACAGCCUUCUCUCCUGCACCAACACAGACACCCCCCCCAGAAACAACAUCUCCACUUGCUCCUCACCAAAUCAAAUCAAGCCCACAGAGCUGUUACAGCACUUGAACAAAGUGAACUUCACCACACCACAGGGUGAAAUGUUUUAUUUCCAAGGAGGUGACAUUACGGCAAAGUACGACCUUGUCAACUGGCAGAGCACCUCUGAGGGGCCACUAAAACUAGUUUUGAUUGGCCGUGUGGAUGGGUUUGACCUCCACCUUAAUGAGUCAGCUAUUCAGUGGAGCACAGGAUCCAGUCAGGUUCCUGUUUCAGUGUGCAGUGAGAGCUGCCCCCCAGGCACCCGGAUGGCAACCAGGAGAGGGGAACCUGUCUGCUGCUUUGACUGUAUCCCAUGUGCUGAAGGGGAGAUCAGCAAUAAAACUGGUUCCCCCUACUGUGAGCGCUGUCCGUCUGAGUUCUGGUCCAAUGCUGCACGAACUGCCUGCAUCCCUCGCCAGCUCGACUUCCUUUCCUUUAAUGAAACGUUGGGCAUUACCCUGAUUACAGCAGCUGUGUCUGGUGCCACAGUGACAACAGCUGUGUUUGUGGUGUUUCUUUACUACCGUCAAACACCCAUGGUACGAGCCAACAACUCAGAGCUGAGCUUUCUGCUUCUUCUGUCGCUGAAGCUCUGCUUCCUGUGCUCUCUGGUGUUCAUUGGUCGCCCAUCCGUCUGGUCUUGUCGGUUCCAGCAGGCGGCUUUUGGGAUCAGCUUUGUACUUUGCGUUUCCUGCCUCCUGGUAAAAACCUUGGUGGUCCUGGCUGUUUUUCGCUCAGCUCGGCCUGGUGCUGAAUCCUUGAUGAAGUGGUUUGGUCCAGGCCAACAGAGAGGAAGUGUCUGCCUCUUCACCUGUAUACAGGUUGUCAUCUGUGCCAUAUGGCUGUCCCUCAGCCCCCCUGUGCCUCAACAUGAUCUGGGUUUCCAAGGGUCAAAGGUCACCCUGAAGUGUGCCAUGGUCUCUGUGGUGGGCUUCUCUCUGGUUCUGGGCUACAUCGGCCUGUUGGCCUGCACCUGUCUCCUCUUGGCCUUUCUUGCCCGGAAACUCCCUGACAACUUCAACGAGGCCAAGCUGAUCACCUUCAGCAUGCUGAUCUUCUGUGCUGUGUGGGUGGCCUUUGUCCCUGCUUACGUUAGCUCUCCCGGGAAGUAUGUUGUUGCUGUGGAGAUUUUUGCAAUUCUCGCCUCUAGCUAUGGUUUACUGUUCUGUAUCUUUGCCCCAAAAUGUUUCAUCAUUCUUUUGAGGCCUGAGAAAAACACUAAGAAACACCUGAUGGCCAGGUAG